AUGCCCAGAACAAUAACAUUCGAUAUCCCACCACAAUACCAAUUGGUGGACCUGAUAGGGGAAGGAGCAUACGGAACAGUAUGCUCGGCCAUACACAAACCCUCUGGGAUUAAAGUGGCCAUUAAGAAGAUACAACCCUUCUCGAAGGCAAUGUUCGUCACUAGAACUCUACGUGAAAUCAAAUUAUUAACUUAUUUCAAUAAUCAUGAAAAUAUAAUCUCCAUCCUCGACAAGAUUAAACCCAUCUCUAUGGAUAAAUUCCAAGCUGUUUACUUAGUACAAGAACUAAUGGAGACGGAUCUACAAAGAGUCAUUAGUAAUAACAACACGAAUAAAUCAUUAACGGAUGAUCAUAUCCAAUACUUCACUUAUCAAAUACUAAGAGCUUUGAAAUCUAUACAUUCCGCUAAAGUAAUCCAUAGAGAUUUAAAACCUUCCAACCUUCUAUUGAACUCCAAUUGUGAUUUAAAAAUUUGUGAUUUUGGUUUAUCUCGUUGUCUGACAAGUAGUAAUGAUUCGAAGAAGACUCUGGUUGGAUUCAUGACCGAAUAUGUCGCAACAAGAUGGUAUCGUGCCCCAGAAAUAAUGUUGACGUUCCAAGAAUAUACAACAGCGAUGGAUAUUUGGUCCGUUGGAUGUAUCCUAGCUGAAAUGGUAACUGGGAGACCCUUGUUCCCCGGAAGAGAUUAUCAUCAUCAAUUAUGGCUUAUAUUAGAAGUUUUGGGUACACCGUCAUUGGAAGAUUUUGAACAGAUUAAAUCCAAGAGGGCGAGAGAAUAUAUCGCUAAUUUACCAUUGAAACCACCAAUGGCUUGGGAUAUAGUAUUAAGUAAUACAAAUUUAAACCCAGAUUUGAUAGAUUUAUUAACAAAAAUGCUCAUGUUUAAUCCAAAUAAGAGAAUAAGUGCUGCAGAAGCGUUACAACAUCCUUAUUUAAGUACGUAUCAUGACCCACAAGAUGAACCUGAAUAUCCGCCGUUGAACCUAGAUGAUCCCUUUUGGAAAUUGGAUAAUGACAUUAAUUCCAAACAACAGCAACAGGCACAAGACGCUACAAUGAUAGAUGAGAAUGAAGAAGUCUCCAUGGAGCUGUUAAAACAGAUGCUGUUCGACGAAGUGAUGAAACCCUUGUGA